UGUGUGGAAGUGUGUGUGUGAGAGAGGGACGGGCUCUGUAAAAAGUUCUGGUUGCCGCCUGGAGUGGACACAACAGUUAACCUGUUCGGACGGUUUUCAUCUGGCGCCUAACCGCGCGGACACCGGACGUGGCACUGACCGCUCAGAUUCCUUAAUCUUCGUUUUUCAAGAAACACAAUUCGUCCUGUUUUCUCCUCCGCUGUUAGACGCUUCCACGGUCUAAGACUGGCUCUAAUUACGCUAAGGCCUGACGCCAGAUGUCUCGGAGCGAGGCAGACAUCAUGGAUGCAGGACUCGGGGCAAAGGACAGAGAGACAGAUCGUGAGGGCCCAGACAUCCCAGGUUGCCCACAGAACCACGGCGCACAAUCGGAACGCGAUGGACACAUCCACACUCCAGAGCCGCCCCAGGCGGGGGGCGCGUGUGUCCUGGACAGUGAGCACUCGCUGACUGGAGACACCUCAGCCAGCGAGAAAGCCCACCUCCUCCCUCACCAGCAGACAAAGCCCCCCUGCACAGCGGGACAAGGAGAAGAAUCUGUUCACCUACCUCAGCCAAAGACCACACCCACUGGGUGUGGCGAAGCGGACGGCACCACCCCCAAAUCACAAGUCCGCCCCCACAACGGAGGCGGGUCCACCGGAGCCCCGCCCAUCCGCAGCCCCCCAGGUGUCACCCGCGGCGGUCAGCGCGGCUUCUCCGGCCACAUCUCUCCUCGCUCCUCCGCCUACAAUGGACACAUGACCAGGCUGGCCUCCACGUCCACCACGAAGAGCCAGCACAGCUUCAAGUCCACAGCAGCCCAGAUUCAGCAGGCAGCUGGAGACGACCUGUGCAUGUCCAUGCUGCUGGCCUGCCUGUGGUGCAGGCUGUGGGACUGUAUGUUCCUCACCUCUGAGGCCUGCGAGCUGUGUGUCUCCUCCCUCUGCUCCUCCCUCUGCUCCUCCCCCCUCUGCUGCUGCUGCCCUGCUCUUCUGCGGCCCCUGCUGGAGGGGGCCGGGGAGAGCCCCUGCGGCUGGCUGGGGUGCUGCCUGGAGGCGCAGUGCUGCGGGUGCCAGUGUGACUGCUCGCUCUGGGACGCCUGCCUGCAGACCACGGAGUGCCUGGAGCUGGGAAUGGAAAUCUCCCAGCUGCUGUUCCACUGACCCGGGGCCUCUGGGCUCCAGCCCGGCCAUGCCAGCGCUCCAGCGGUUCGCUAACAUCCGUUUCCACCUGUUGUUUCCUGUGUCACUUUCGCGAGAUUUUAUGAUCUGUCCAGAUCAUUAAAUGAUCUACAGGCGUACAGAUCAUGAGAGAUUAAUUACCGGACGUGUCUUAUCUCAUGAACUCCUAUCCAGCACAUCGUGAUUGAAAGAUGGCCAGAAGCCUAUAAGGCUGAUCUGGUUCUGCCUGAGAACGAUGAAGGCAGACGCCUAAUUGCAUCUGGGUUGAGCUGUGGUAUAAGUCAGGAGACCCCCCAUUAUAAAAAACUUUAUUUGUUGUCAAACUUCUUGCUGUCAACCAGCUAUUUGUAAUGAUUUACUUGGUACGUGCAGGCCUCUUUCUCUGACCUUCGACCUUUGGCCUUGCUGCUGAGUGGUUCAGUGGGAGCCCUUGCAAAGUGAGCGCUCCUCUGGCACGUCACAGGCGUGUCACUCUCGGUCGAGAACCCCACGCCUUCUCAGAAAAGUGCCACAGCUCUUCUGUAACAGCGCGCACGGGGACUGACGUGCGAUGCACGCGUUAACAUUUGAAUCUUUCCCAGGGGGUGAAAGCAGUUGGACCUUUGUGUGAUAUUUCUCCUUAGUCUUCUGCUUCAGGACCCCUGGGGUUCGAGGGUGUGGCUGCACUGGGUCAGGGCACGGAGUGGGGGGUUUACUUUUCAGGCCUCUACUUUCUGAUCCAACCAGCUCUUCCUCACCUACUGUACGGUGGCCUGCAGCUCUAGUGAUGAAGAUCCCUGGGCCUGGAGGCUUCCUAGGCGCUUUCAGGCCACUUCGCUCUAAUCCUGACCAAUAACUGGUUAACUGCUGUAAUUGCAAGCUGGGUGGGAAUGAGCACCAGCGAGUCCUGUAGCACUCCGGGACCAGAGACGCAUGCACAGAUGCAUCCUUAUUUGCUUGAAAUGCAGAACUGCAUGUUUUCAUGAGCAUGGGGGGGGGAGAGGGUUGAACGCUGCUGUCAAGCUAUAAGGGGGGUCGAAGUAAGGACAGCGACGCACCGGGCCCUCUAGUGCUCUCUGCCACGGGAGCCUGGCUUGGACCGACAAUCCUCUGUACCUGUUUCUUUAAUAGCUGAUUGAAUACUAUGGUCAAAGAGCUGGUGGCACCCAAAACCUGGAAUGGACUUGGAUUUCAUAUGAACUGGCAUCGGCAGGUCAUAGGCUACACAUACAGCGUAGCAAAUCCUAAACAUACAGAGUUCCAAAUCCUGAUCCCAGUGGUCCACACACCGGCUGGCUUUUCAUUUUAGCCCAGUUCAGUUGCCUCAUCUCAACAUUAAUUGAACGAACAAGUUGCUUGAUUGGAAUAUUGGACAGUUUUUGUUUUCAACUGUUGGAUUUCAUGUGGCUUAUGACGUGCAAUAGUAAAACUGGAACCUAAAGAGCUGAAAUCAGUCGAAGAACUCAGAUUAGUCCUGUUAUAAAGUCCAUUAAGGGUUCAUUCGUCUGACUUAGAGCCUGGCUGGCGUGUGAGUCUGGGAACCCUGCAGGAGAGACAGCGCCCCCAGCAGGACCAGGUACCAGAGGGACAAUAAAAAAAAAAAAACUCUAGUGUGUGACCUCAUGGCACCCUGGACACAUGAAAACAGGAAAUUAAGGACAUUUGUUUAACGUGACCAAUAUUUUCCUAAAACAGAUGUUGAUAGUUAAAGCAAGACAGCCUUUCAGUACAGAGCAGAAAAUGCAAACAAGCGCAGAACAUCAGCUCAAUGUGUUGAACAGUCAACAAGCUGUUACUGUUUAGAAAUAUCUCAAAUGGGCUAUAUCCAACCCAGCCCAGAACACAGAUAAUAAAAGGCCUAGUUGACAUGCAGCUCUUUCUGUGCUUCGGUAAAGCUGGGCUGGCAUUGAGCAACCACUGAUGUCAAUGAAAUGACUAAGCAGCUGCUUGCAGUAAAAUUCUGCAGUGGAGCGGGCUCUUCGGGAUUCAGCACAAGAGCCCUGUCCUGUCUGACCCAAGAAGGCAUAGGACUCUGUUUAUAAAGCAAUAAAUUGUGGGCUGGAUUAUUUUAUACAACAUGUAGCCCUGAGCUUGCUUAUUACCAUCCCAGUUUAGACCACAAGCAAAGACAUUGUUUAUUAGCUCCUCCCUGCAGUGACGGUGGAUGGGAGGGGCAGGUUUGUGUGAUGGUCAGGAAUGAACCGGGUGUCCUGAGCUGUAUCUGUGACCUGUGUGUAUGUCUCCCCCUGCAGACCGCUGUGUGCACUGCGUCCUGGCCUGCCUGUUCUGUGAGCUGCUGUCUCUGUGCUCCGUGCUGGUGGAGUGCCUGGGCUGUGGGCGGGGCUG